AUGGGACCAGAUGGGGAUCAUGCAGACAUUGAAACAAUCCCAGACCCACGUGAUUUAGAACUACCAAAAACAGUCGUCAUUGAUAAUAACGAGGAACUUUCUGUUCUCGUUUUCGACAUUGAAACCACUGGAUUUGAAUACGAUUCCGAGAUAGUUCAACUGUCAGCAGUUUGUGACAAAGGAGAGUUUGAUAAAUACAUUAUACCAACAAAACCUAUUCACCCAAAAGCCACCGAAGUCACCCAUCUUUUUAGAACAGGAACGCGUCUAUAUUAUAAAGGUCAGCAACUUAAGACAGAGCCGAAGGAGAAUGUGUUUAACGGUUUUAUUGAUUGGCUUCCUGAAAAUGCAUUACUGGUUGCACAUAAUUGCAAACAGUUUGAUGCAAAAAUUCUUGUAUCACAGAUGCAGCCUUUAGCUUCAACAUUUUUGGAAAACCUGAAAGAUCACAUGUUAGGAUUUUCAGACACACUACCAUUAUUUCGUGUUAAAUUCCCGAAAAGAAAGUCAUACUUCAGAGCUCUCUUGCCAAAGACAUACUUAAAACAACAUACAAUGCUCACAAUGCGCUUGAUGAUGUAA